AUGAGUAACGAAAUGGUUAUGCUGGCAGGUGGAGUGUAUUGCCACAAAUCAGCUCUCCAGGAAUAUCCAGUUUUUGAUAAUGGAAAACAGGCUCUUAAUGAUGCUUCGCAAAAAGCAACUAAAAACGUCUUCAUCCCCCAGGUCUCUUCUGCCACAUCUCAAAGCUGUGUAUCCCUUGCACCUGCAAGCAAACACUUCCCUUCCCUUAUUAAGUGGCCUCUUCUUAGUUCUUCAGAGCGAAUCAGACGUCUUAAGGACCUCAGUACAGACGUUUCAGACCAAGAAUUUAAAAAGCGCUCUCAAAGAACACUUUCUUUACGCAAUAUUGGUACUGAUAUUCCAUUUCUCCAUUCGUAUACAUCUCCUGACGAUGAGACUGCCCUGCUUCCUAAUCCUGAUGGGUUAAACUCCCAAGUAUCUGGUCAGCGAGUCCCAGAAACAACUCUUGAGUGGGAAUCUUCUUCUCAUGACGCUCCUGUAAGCCGAGUCCAAAGGGCCCGCAGGAAACCAGCUCGCUAUAGGCAGAUUUAUUAUGCUCUAGAGGAUCUCGAUUGCCUGGACGAGGAUGAAAAUGAAGAUGCGUUUUGUCGAGAUGAAGGGGCUAAUUCUAAAUUUGAGGCAAGGAGAGCGUCAAACCAGGCCUAUCAUAAAACCUAUGCUACUGUUCGGUCUGGUAAAGAGGUUGAUGAUAGGCUCAUUUCGCGAAAUCGUCGCAGAUUGUCGAGGCGCGUCGAAUUGUCCCACAAUACUCAAAAGUCACUUAUGUCCACUAGAACACAUACGGCUGAAUCCAAGCGGGCAAAUCUUAGUGGCACAAUGAAAACUUACAACGACUGGCGAAAAGUCUGGCCUGGUCACAAAAUUUCCGGAAAUGGCCUUCAUCUUUCUCCUUCAUCUGCAUCCGGCUUUACGGCGCCCUCCAUAACGUCGGCUAUUUCUAUACCAUCUCUACCACCAUUCCGGCAUCAACAAAGAUCUACUUCAUCGUCUAAAAAAUCUACUUAUGGAGGCCAGAGUAGGCGUUCGUAUCUUAAAGAGCCCGAUGCUCUCUGCUACCUUGACUCUGGUGUCAUCUAUCCUAACCAUGCGGCUGAAAUUAUCAACUCCUCCCGGUCUUCUUCCAUCAGCUCUACAGGCUCACAAACACAGGUCUUUAAAAUCAAGAACACGAAUGGUAAGCAUUCGUAUAAUUAUUUGCCGGCAAGUCCAGUAAGGAGGGCGACAUGA